AGCUUGAAGCAUUGGGGCCUUGGACAAUCUCAAACUCUAUCCCCCCGACACUCUUUCCCAUCUCUCUCUCUAUAGCUUCAUAAUUUCACCUCUUUUCUUACUCCUUCCAGCAUAAAAUAGAGAGAGAGAGAGAGAGAGAGAGAGAGAGCAUAAGACACUCCAGAGCAUACGUUUUUGGAACCUGCGAAACUUGCGGAACCAUGGCUCCAGAACCGCUAGCGGUGGUCGAGAACCCCGUGGAAUGGACCUUCUACGUCAACGAGAAACUCAAGCAAAUGCCCCUCGACGAGCAACCGACCUGGAAGAAGCGGUGCGUCUACAGGGUCCCUGCCUGCGUCGUCACCGACCUCAACAUCAAGGCCUACCGGCCGCAGGUUGUCUCCUUCGGGCCUUACCACCACGGCGAAGAACACCUCCGCCUCAUGGAGGAACACAAGGAGCGCGCGCUCUUCCGCAUCCUCAAGCGGUCCCAGAAGCCCAUCGAGCGCUUCCUCGAGUCCCUGAGGGAGGUGGCGCGGGACCUUGCGGAGAGCUAUGAGCGGCUGGACUUCAAGUGGAAGGAGUUCAGCGGUGACGGCGUGGCAGACCGGUUCCUGGAGCUGAUGGUCACUGACGGCUGCUUCAUACUCGAGAUCUUGAGGACCGGAACAGAAAGGGUGGAAGACUACGCGCUCAAUGACCCCAUCUUCAGCAACCACGGGAAGCACCACAUACUGCCGUACAUUAGGCGGGAUAUGCUGAGGCUGGAGAAUCAGCUUCCGAUCCAAGUGCUGAAUCGGCUGGCCGCUGUCGAGAACGACAGCAGGAAGGACGAGGAACUCAUCAACAGGCUCAUCCUCACGAACUAUCUAUCGGAAACUUCUUUUUACACUUCCUUAUGCAAGUGGUAUCCGCACGACAACAAUCUCGUAUUCAGUGCACUGACUUUAUACUCCAAUAACGCAGGGCGACGAAUUCAUCAACAAUCUCAUCGUCAACUUCUUCGGCUCCCCCAGCAAAGUCACUAGCAAAUGCCUUCACGUUCUGGACGUCUAUAGGAAGAGCCUGUUUGAUGUAGAACAAUAUGCAAAUGCCUUUCUGGAAACAAUGGAGCGUCAUAAGAGCGGGCGGUCCCAUAAAUCAAAGAGGAUUGUGUGAUCUUCAAGAUUGCAAAAGGAAUUACAAUAUUUGA